UUUUGGCUCAUGAUUUCAGAGGUUUAUGGUUCUUGGCCAGGUAGCUUUUGGGUCUGUGGCGAGCUCGAACAUCAUCUCAGAAGUGUGGCAGAGCAAAGUUCCUCACCUCAUGGGGACCUGGAAACCAGGCGAGGUGGGGGCUGGAAAUGGAACAUCUCCUUUCAUUUCAUGCCCCUACUAAACUCACUUCCUCCUACCAAUCCCCAGGGCACUGUCAGCUGAAGAUCAGUCUUUUAACACAGGAGCCUGUGAGGGUGAAUUUCACACCCAACGGUGACAGGUCCACAUCCGUGUCCCCUGGGUAGAAGUGAGCUGCCAGAAUCAGAGACAGACUUUGUCCUGCUCCCUGCUGUGUCCCCAGAGCACACAGCGGUGCGUGGUCCACUCCGCGAGGGAACCCAGCAGCCAGGAGGGGAAAGCUGUGGCCACCUCUCUCCCGUCCCCACCCGAGUCACAUUUUCAGGUGGCUCUGGAAAUUGUGCGAGGUCUAUGAGUGACAGUGAGAUGCUCAGGGGCCCCGGUGGGGGCACAGGAAGGAGAGCGGGCCGCGUGGGGAAAGGGGAGGGGCUGAACCCCAGCUCUAAAAGCGGCUGUGGAGCGCUCGGCGCCUUCUGCAGCGUGCAGAGCCCAGAGAAUUGGGCAAUUGUGGUUUCCUCCGAGCCCUGGAGCUCAGGCGCCUGAGGACUUGUCUGCGGGGCAUGGAGGAGCAGGUCGUGGGGCCCUCGGUGUUUGUGGUGGACGGACAGACAGACAUCCCGUUCAGGAGGCUGGGCCCGAGCCACCGGAGACAGUGCUGCAGCCCGGCCCGGGUGGGCCUGGGGGUCCUGCUGCUGCUCCUGGGGGCCACGCUGGCCGCGCAGGGCUGGUUCCUGCUGCAGCUGUACUGGCGUCUAGAGGAGGUGGUCACCCGCCUGCCGGACCAAGACGCAGGGCCCCGGGAGAAGUUGAUACAAGAGUGGAGAUCCCAACAGACCAACCCAGCAGCGCACCUUACAGGGGCCAACUCCAGCUUGACCAGCCGUGGCGGCCCGCUGCUGUGGGAGUCACAGUUGGGCCUGGCGUUCCUAAGAGGCCUCAGCUACCGCAAUGGGGCCCUGGUGACCACCAAGGCUGGCUACUAUUACAUCUACUCUAAAGUGCAGCUGGGCGGCAUGGGCUGUCCCCAGGGCCUGGCCAGUGGCUUCCCCAUCACCCACGGGCUGUACAAGCGCACGCCCCGGUACCCUGAGGAGCUGGAGCUGCUGGUGAGCCGACGGUCGCCCUGUGGGCGGGCAAACAACUCCCGAGUCUGGUGGGACAGCAGCUUCCUGGGCGGCGUGGUGCACCUGGAGGCCGGGGAGGAGGUGGUCGUCCGGGUGCCCGAUGAGCGUCUGAUCCGCCUGCGUGAUGGCACUCGGUCCUACUUUGGAGCUUUCAUGGUGUGAAGGAAGGAGAGGUGGUGGACUGGAUGGAGAGACCUCAGAAAUCCCUCAGGGGACAGACAACCUGGCAGCAGAGACAUCGGCGGCCUCCCAGGGAACCCAAAACUCGGCAGGGGGACAGCUGGAUGGAUCCCUCCAGGACCAUGAUCUCAGCACCUUGAGGCUGAAGACCCAGAGGACCCUUCUGAGGACCCCCUCUCCCCCAGACUUCAGGCAUUGCCACGACAAUUCUAAUGACAAAGACCUGGGGCUGGGGCACUUGCUGAGACUGCUCGAGACCCGGGCUUCUGUCCCCAGUGCCCCCCAAAUUAAAGACAAGGACCCAAAGACUUGGGGGUCUAUAGACCCUUGAGUAUGAGAUUUA